CGUCAAUUCUGGCGUCGCUCAAGGUCGCCGACCCAGAACGAAUCGGAGUCUCUUCUAAAAAAUGGCGCCGGAAAUUCUCAGCCCGAUUUCAUUUAUUAGUUGCAACAAAAGGUAAACUCCGGUUCACAGGAACUACGAGGCGCAUGUUCAGGCCGUAAUUACCUACUGCGCCGAUGUGGAAAAAAGGAAGGUCGGCAAGGACGUAGCAAGAAAUAUGUUUCUCACGCGGGAACAAUACUUGAGGGUGCCUCCGAACUGGUGUGCUGGCAAGGGCGCGUGCUGGGAAAUGAUGGUGGACAUGUGGCUUAGCGAGGAGUGGAUUCAGCGGCACAACUUAUGCCGGGAGCGCCGCUUGUUGAUGCAAGGUGCGCCACACCAUCAAGGCAGCCGAGGCCUUCCCGAGUACAGGGAUGCUUGGUCGGGGUCACAUGAAAACCAGGAAUGCAACGACUUCCAGACAUACUGUAUGGCGCACAAGGGCAGGGCGACGUCCGACGUCUCCUACAACCCGGCGGAUCCACCCGAGGCGUACAGCAACCCGAGCGUCCACACGCGCAUCACUGAGUACACGGAGAUGGGAAAGGCACUCCAUGGGGAACACAUGGGAUCUGGCCACCCAGCCCCUUUCUAGAGAAGCCAUCAUGAGGGCAGGAGGAGGGAAGAAGCACGGCCGUUACUGGAUCGCCAACAGCCUUGUCGACACAGCCAGUACGCCGACUCUCUCCUAGCUUCGGGCACGGACCACCGACUCGACUCCGCCAAUACACCCACGGCCUGAGACAUCAGUGGCCAGCGUGCGUGCAAUCCAG